AGGGAAAAUGAGCAGCUCUCCAAGUAUGGUGAUACCAAAACAGCUCGUAGCAUAAUGUUGAUCGAGCUUAAAAGGCUCAUAGAAGCAAAUCCCCUCUUUCGUGAUAAGCUUGUUUUCCCCACUCUGAAGUCAUCAAGACUGCGGACUUUAAUAAACCAAAGUUUGAAUUGGCAGCACCAGCUCUGCAAGAGCCCAAGGCCAAACCUGGACAUUAAAACUUUAUUCACAGACCACACUUGUACACCUCCUAAUGGCCCUCUUACACCAACACCUGUCAAUCUCCCGGUUGCAGCAGUUGCGAAGCCUGCUGCUUAUACCCCACUUGGAGCUCAUGGUCCCUUUCCGCCCACUGCAGCAGCUGCUAAUGCUAAUGCUUUAGCAGGUUGGAUGGCCAAUGCUUCUGCUUCUUCAUCUGUACAGGCAGCUGUUGUUACUGCAUCAUCCAUACCUGUUCCAUAA